AUGUCAAACGAGGCGGGCGUCGCGCCAGAUGGAGGCGAGGCCGGUGCGUCUGUCAGGAAGCGCGCAGCAAUCACCGUUGACGUUUCUUCGUCGAGCUUGCAGCAUUUGCAUCAGCAGCAUGCUAUGCGAAGUGGAGGGAAGAACAGAGAUCCAGCCAGUACCGGUGAUGGUAGCUUUGAUGGAGACAUGUCUACUCCACGUAGAGCAAAGCUGGAAGUCGAUCCUGCAGAAGGCACGAGCACGCCCAGGUCAGCGGCUGCUCCACUUGGAGGCGACUCUCAGGCCUCAAAUACGGGAAAGCAGGAAGAUGGACAGGUCGAAUUAUGCGUCUCUCCCAUAUGUGAAUUUCCGAUAGCCGACGCCGCGUUUGCGCAGUGGAAGGCGCAGGAGACCCCAUACUCUCAUGAUCAACAGCAAUUUACGCAACCACCAAUUCUGAUCAGCGAUUCACCCUCGGGGUCACCCCUGGAGACGGAGGCACCCGCGCUGCCAAAUUACAGCAGAGGUGCUGAUCGAUCUCGGAUGCGAGGGAUGCAGCGUAAUGUUUCUUCGAGGACAAAUGCAGCGGAAGCGGUUCAAUCACAGAGCACUAGCGUGCAACUGUCUGCAUCGCCAACUCCAUCAUCUUCGAGGGAAAUGUCACGCACAAGUUCGGCAGUAUCGCUGUCGAAUGUCAGACAACGGGGCAUGGAAUCACAAGUCGUUUCAGAAGACGAGUCAGAGUCGGCAGAGGCUAUGGCUUUUACUUUUGCAUCAGGCAAGGCCAGUGCACAGUACUGCAGUCGGUCUGGUGCUUUCGACCAAUGCAGCUUGCCGAACCAAAACAUCCAGAGUAAUACUGAUUUACCAACCAAGUCAAAGAACACGGAUCAUGCGCAAGGCGCUGACGGAGGCGUUGCUGCGGACACCAAGCAAGGAUGCACGGGACAACCUUCGUCAGCGUACUCCUUGGCAGGCCCGAGCAGCACUGGAAACUCUAUUAACGGGAGCACCUAUCGCAGGCCAGGCGCAGGUGCAGGCUCUGACUGUCCCCAAGAGGUUGCGUCUGCCUCGGGCAGUCAAGCGCCGAGUAUGCGCAAGAUCAGUAGCGGACGUUCGCACAGCUACAAGGAAACUCUCGAUGCUCACAGCAAAGAUAUGAGGGAUGGCAGUCGGAUUAUCAAUCAAUACAAGAUCCUCGAGGUGAUCGGGCAAGGAGCAUACGGAACGGUGCAUCGUGCUGUGAUGAUGAAUGAAGAAAAUGAAGAAGUUGCGGUGAAGGAGUUCAGCAAGAUACGAUUACGGAAAACGCAUCGUGCUGCCAACAUGUCCCGGCGCCCGAUGCAAGCGCAGCGAGGUCAAGGACGGAAAUCCCAAGGACCGGCGCCGGGCUUCCGUCUUGAGCCACUUCAGCAGCGGCAAGUUAGCAGUCAUGAGGUCAGCCGCAGCUCAAGCUCUCAGACGGAAGUGAAUCAAGGUGGUGGAGAUGAGGGCAGACGAAGCGAUGUCGCUGAGCCGGAAGGGUUGGAGCGCGAGCAGCGCGAAGAAAGCAAAGACCCGCUGCAUUUCAUCCGACACGAGCUUGCUAUCCUCAAGAAGCUGCACCAUCUUCACGUCGUGAAGCUGUAUGAAGUGCUGGACGAUCCGACUGGCGAAAGCCUAUAUAUCGUGUUCGAGUACUUACCCGGCGGCCGAGUCAUCGAUAUCCGGCUCCACGAGCAAGUCGAACCUCUCAGGGAGGACACAGCACGUGAAUACAUGCGGCAGAUUGCCCUCGGCAUCGAGUACCUGCACCACAACGAGAUCGUCCACAGAGAUAUCAAGCCGGACAACAUCUUGCUCUCCAAGGACCGCAAGGUCAGCAAGAUCGUCGAUUUCGGCGUCAGCCAAAUGUUCAUCGAGCCUGGCGACGACCGUGUUCGGAAGAGCGUGGGUAGCCCGGCAUUUAUGAGCCCCGAGCUGUGCACAGCGGGGCAUGGUGAUUAUCACGGCAAGGCAGAUGACAUGUGGUCGUUCGGCGUCACAUUUUACUGCAUGGUCGCUGGCCGUCUGCCGUUCGACGAGUCCCAAUUCCUCGACCUCUAUCGCGCCAUCCGAGAGGACGAGCCGGAGUACCCGUCACAUCUGUCCGAUGGCUGCAAGGAUGUCCUGAAGAAGCUGCUCUGCAAGGAUCCAAAAAAGCGAAUGACUACGGAUGAACUGCGCGAGCAUCCCUGGGUCACAUGUGACGGCACUCUUCCCAUGCUGGGCAAAGAGGAGAACCUGGCGGAUGUCGUCGAGGAGAUUACGGAGGAGGAUGUCGAGAAGGCCAUCGCCACGAUGAGCGGAGUCUUUGCCGUCGCGCGCGCUAUCACCAAGUUCAAGCGUUCCAGCGCUUCGAGGCGUGCGAGCAGCAUGGCCAGUACGGCAAGCAGCGAAGGCAGGAGCACGUCGGACAAAUGGAGCGAAGAAAAGCUAAAUUCGGCUGGGGGUACGCCGAUGCGAUCGAACCCGAGCCAGGCUACCAGCUUGCAAGACGCAGCUGAGAACGUAGCACAGAUGCUUAUGCCGAAUGAGGAGCCCAAAUCGGAGGCAGCUCAAGAGCAUGACGCCAUAGGCAGCGAGGUCCUGCCGCUCAAGGGCCUCCUGGACAAUGCGAGAUUCACCAUGUCGCCCUCGGCGUCGUCGGAAGGCGGCUUUCUACACAACCAAGAGGUUGAGCAGGGCGGUGCAAGCAAGCGCACGGGAAGCAUCGUCAGUCUCGUUUCCGAAGGAGGUCACGGCGGCGAAAGUAGCAAUAUUGCGGCAGAAAAUGCUUGUAGCGCGGCGGCGGUUGCGAUCAGCAUGCUGCGGCCCAAUGCACUUCGAAAGGACAGCAGCAACAACAUUUUUUGGUCCGGCACGUCCGCGAGCGCCGAUGCUCUCUUUCAUUCCAGCGUCAGUCCCACGGCCACGGCCACGUCGUCGACGUCGGCGGCGGCGAGCGAGGCCGGCUUUGCUGGCGGGAACUGGCAGGCGCGAGGUUCGGAUGAGAGCCCGAGCAGCAGCGGCGGCGGCCCGAUCGGCGCAGCGCUGUUCGAGGUCAAGCCCAAGGUCGCAGCGGUCGAAGAGGCUGGGCGUUUCGAGCGACGGCACCAGCAACUCCUGCCCUUCGAACUGGCCGGCGGAGAGCACGAGAGCGAUGACGAGACCGCGGCCGCGGCCGAAGUCAAGGUGGGCGGCGCCGCGCCACACGGGGAUGCAGCUGCGCUAGGCGAGGUCAGGAUGAAGCGGGGCCGCAACGGGUUGGACGAGCUGCCCCCGGCGCGCGGUCAGUUCCAGACGAUCGCCUCGGCCUUGCAUGGUGUUCACGAGCAGGGGAAGGCAGACAAGUCACAAGCUUCGGUCACGGAUGCGGCUGAGUGCGCGCUGAAGGCUGCCGCGGCGGAGCAUAGUCGGCGGAGCGAGUGCAAACGGGACGAAGAACGGGCAAAAGAGCUGGAGCAGCAGGCGCGGCAGCAGGCGAAGCAGUGGGACGAUGCCGGCCACGCGCCGCAAGCGGAAGACGUUUACAGCACGACCGGGGGGCUUUCGGCUUUGGGGCUGGUACAGCCACUGUCACGCUCACAUCCUCAUUCAAGAGAGAAGGGCGACAGCGUAGACGGGACCAUUACGGUCGGCCGCGGACGGCCGCGCAUCCUGGACGGCCCACUGGUGCAGUCGCCGUCGGUGACGAAGAUGAAGACACCCGAAGGCGCUUCGGAGUACUACAAGGGCAAGCCAGAGGGGCUCUAG